AUGGGAAACAAUUCUAGUGUUACUUCUAAUUCUUGGAUUUCAUUUAAAACAAGUUUAAUAAAGAAAUAUGAAAAAUAUAAUGACAGUAAAGUUGAAAAUGACGAACAUCAAAAUAAUAUUACGGAAAUUCGGCGUGAAAAAGAAUUUCGUCAAAGCCAAAUCUCUAAGAAUCAUUAUAGAGAUUAUAUCUUUGAUCAUCGAGCUCUAUUGAACCGAGGUCAAUUCGGUACCAUUCACUUGGCUGUAGUACGUCCAAAAAAGAGCGACUCCUCUCUUAAAAUGGAGAUAAAUGUGUUAACGAAGCAAUUGCAAUCAAAUGAAACAGUGAAUAUGUUGAGAAUGAAGCAAAGACGCUGUCAUGUCUUUGUCAUGCAACCAAAUAUUAUUAAUUCUAUAGGAUGGUUCAUAAAUAAAGACGCAUUUUAUUUGAUUGUUGAUUACCAUGAAGGUGGAACUUUGGCCGAUUGUAUUCCACCAAAUGAUGCGCCUGAAAAUAUUUUACUUUCAUCAGAUCGUAAACGUUUAAUCUUAGCUGAUUUUGGUCAUUCUCGAUUAGAAUGUGAUGACCUUAUAAAGGAUCCUCAAUAUUUUCAGGCUAAAAAUGAAGCCUCAAAAGUUAUGAAAGGAACGGCCGGAUUUUAUAGACCAGAACGUGAUCCGCGUGAACACAUUCCGUUCAAAGGUUUCAAAAAGGCUGAUAUGUAUAGUCUGGGAGUAACUAUCUAUGUUGUUUUGACAUAUCACCUACCAUUUGAUCCAACACAAUCGAUAAGGCAUCAAUCAUUAUUAUUUCCUGAUCAUAUAUCAUUACCAGCUCAACAUUUUAUUCAAAACUUACUUUCUAUUGAUCCAUCACGUCGUAUGAAUAUAUCUGAUUGUUUUAAUCAUUCUUGGUUAAGAAUUCAUGACAUUUCUGGUCGUCGUCCAAAACAAUCUUUAAAUGAUACUAAUCAAUCUAAACAAAUUCAUAAAAAACGUUCUAAACAAAAUAAUCAUAAUAUUUUUUCUC